AUGGGUCUUCGACCCGAUAAUCCACCUUCUGGCUUGAAUCUUCAAUCGCCAAGAGCUCGUAUACCAUCGCGUCUAUCAGACGAGUUUUCACGUUCAUCUCCAUCCGAAAACGCAACAACACCGCAACGACAAAAACUUUCUUUACCAGCGUUUCUUCCCACUCCAAGUCGUUCCAUCCAACAACUGCCAGCAUCGCCGGCAAGUCUCCUAUUGAGCCCUUUUUUUAAAAAAGAUGGCAAUGAUAAAUCAUUGAAUUCAUCAUCAAGUAUAUUAAAUAAUAACGAUGAUGAAACAGAAUUAAUUGAACAGAUUGAUCAUUAUUUUCAUCGACGGCGACAAUAUUUACAACAUAAUAUCGAUGUUUCGCUCAAUAUCAGUAAGUGGGCUUUGGAAAACAUUAUUUUCUAUUCCAUGGAAACACUCAGACGUCAAGCACAAAUACAAAGCGAGUCAUCAUGUUCGUAUCUUACCCCAUUAUCCGCCAUUCGCAUGGUGUAUUCUAUGAAAUAUCAACAAGGUAGUGGAGUACUAUGGAAAGGCUGUUUUAGUUCGUUGAUCUUAACAACAGCAGAGACGAUUUCAGAUAAUCUAAUCGAUGAAAUUGCUCCUUUGAACCAUUCAUCUCUACGAAUUAAGCAUAUUAUCCUGAAAGGCAUUAGUUCAUUUCUUCUCAUCCCAAUGUACUCUGUUCAUUUACUUCGAUCUGUUCAAUCCGAUUUAACAAUUGUCAAUCACUGGUCGCCAUUAACCAUAUUUAUCGAGCCUUUUCAACGUUUACUAGGUGUCAAGACGGGCUUUUAUGCACGUGCAUUACCAAUGUGGUAUCUUAUAUCAUUGAGUUUGCCUUAUUUUGUCGGACGACAUGUAUUGCAAUAUUUUCUCAAUCAGUCUUUCUACAAAGUACGCGAAGAAUAUUUCCAAAAGCAAGAACAUAUGAACAAGUCUAGUCGUAAUCAAUUCGAAACUAUCGAUGAUAUCGAAUGUCAACUCAUUGACACCAUUCCCAAUCUAGUCAAUAGAUCAUUUCUACGUAUCGAAGCGAAUCUAUUUUCUAUGUUUCUGUCAAACUUGUUAUUAUAUCCAUAUGAAACCGUCGUUAAUCGUUUAUUUGUACAAGGUACGCGAACGAUUGUGGAUAAUCUCGACAAAACCGGUGUUGGUUGUGUGCCUAUCAAUACACGUUACUUGGGCUUUUUCGACUGUUGUAGAACAAUAGUGGAAGCGGAAGGUUGUCAAGGAUUCUACAAAGGAGUUGGAUUCUUAAUUCUGAAAUUUGGUUUGAUCUAUGCUAGCGCUCAUUGUCUAAAGCUUCUUAUCGAACGUUUAGCAAUUAUCUAUACGCAAAAUACAAGCGAGUUAAGCAAAUUUCAUCAUUAUGUUCUGUCGAAACAAGAACAAGAACCACAACAAAACACUGAUGAAUCAAAUUAA